GAGAGAAAAAAAAGCAUAUAAGGAAGUUGGCUUACGGACAUUUAAACACUUUCCAUCAUACUCUCAGGAAAGUUAGGUUUAGUUGGGCUACAUGUAGUUAAAAGUGUAUCACUCUUAUUGAAACAUAACUUUUGUUAUUUUACAGUUUCACUUCAUGAGUUUAUUUGCAUAAACUGGUGAUUUUCGUUUCCCAGCCGGCAGUGAAGGCAUUAACUAACUGUGUGCCUGCUCAUUUCACUAGCACGCACACAUCCAUCUAAAGCAGCCGAAAGAGAGGUGUUCUCCACUGCUGAAUAACACAGACCAGGUGUUUCCUGUACAUUUUGCAUAUUUGGCCCUGAUAUUAAAGAAGAUGAAGAGAAGAGACACGCCCCAAUUCAAGCAGAAGUCCCCUCACAACUUGGGGAAAAUAGAGAUGCCGCGUCAGUUCCCCAAGGUCUUGCUGAGCGAGGUGGAUGAGUCAGUGCGUCUGCUGGCAGAGAAGGUGUAUGCCUCGGCGCUGAAGGAGGAGGACACCAAGGAUUCCCUGUCCAUGUACACGGUGUCCGAGGACUGUCCCAUCGGCAUGAACCAGGUCCGGGAGCGAGAGAUGCUCAAGGAGAUCGCUGAGCAGUACUCUGAAGAGAGCACUAAAAGGAAGAAGAGUUUCAAAAUGAAGCGUUCCCAGUCAUUAUCUCAGCAGUUCCCCAGUUCCCUCAACAUCUGUCCAGAGUGGGCUUUGUCUGUGGUCGCCCCUCUGUUCACCCCUGGCGCCCACUCCCUAGAGUUCCAGAGGGUCACCAUUAGCGGAGACUAUUGUGCAGGGAUCACAGUGGAGGACUAUGAGCAGGCAGCCAAAACCCUGAUUAAAGCCCUAUUUAUCAGGGAGAAGUACUCCAGGCUGGCCUACCAUCGCUUCCCCAGGACCACCGCCCAGUUCCUCCGCAGCGCUGAGAACCAGAAGUGGAACGUGGAGGAGGAGAUCUUGCCAGACAUGUGCCCCUGCCCUCAAGAGGGGGAGGAUCCAUACACUAUGGAGGGCAUCCCUGAUGAUCUGAACUACGCAUUGCAGAUGAAGGACGGCAUUGUUUAUGUGUACAAUGACGCAGAGGCCCUGAAGCAGCAGCAGCCCCGCAGCCUGCCCUACCCUGACCUGGAGACCUUCGCCAUUGACCUCAGCCAUGUCCUCGCCAUGAUCGCCGACGGGCCCACGAAAACGUACUGCCACAGACGACUGAACUUCAUGGCCUCCAAGUUCUAUCUGCAUGAGAUGCUGAAUGAGAUGGCUGAGCUGAAGGAGCUGAAACGUGUUCCUCACAGAGACUUCUAUAACGUCAGGAAGGUAGACACUCACAUCCACGCAGCUGCUUGCAUGAACCAAAAGCACCUGCUGAAGUUCAUCCAGACCACCUACAAGACCGAGGCGGACCGAGUGGUGCUGGAGAAGGGGGGCCAAAAGCUCACCUUGAAACAGGUGUUUGACACCCUGACCAUGGACCCCUAUGACCUCACUGUGGACUCCCUGGACGUUCACGCUGGAAGGCAAACAUUCCACCGCUUUGACAAGUUCAACUCCAAGUACAACCCAGUGGGAGCCAGCGAACUCCGAGAGAUUUACCUGAAAACAGACAACUACAUCAAAGGGGAAUACUUUGCUCGCAUCAUCAAGGAAGUGGCCCAUGAGUUGGAGGAGAGUAAGUACCAGCACGCAGAACCCCGUAUGUCUAUCUACGGCCGCUCCCCCGUCGAGUGGGAGAGCCUGGCCUCAUGGUUCAUCCAGCACAAGGUGCACUCCCCCAACAUGCGCUGGGUCAUCCAGGUACCCAGGAUCUAUGACAUUUUCAAGUCGAAGAACAUAAUACCGAACUACGCCAAGCUGCUGGAAAAUAUUUUCCUCCCACUGUUCAAGGCUACAGUCAAUCCACAAAAGAACAAGGAGAUGCACGUUUUCUUGAAAUAUGUAACUGGGUUCGACAGUGUGGAUGAUGAGUCCAAGCACAGCGACCACAUGUUCUCCUACAAGAGCCCCAAACCUGAGGAGUGGACCUCAGGCGAAAACCCACCCUACAGUUACUACCUCUUCUACAUGUACGCCAACAUCAUGGUGCUCAACAACCUGAGGAAGGAACGAGGCCUCAAUACCUUCCAGUUCCGGCCCCACUGUGGCGAGGCCGGGUCCAUCACCCACCUGGUCUCUGCCUUCCUCACGGCAGACAACAUCUCCCACGGCCUCAACCUAAAGAAGAGUCCUGUGCUGCAGUACCUGUACUACCUGGCCCAGGUCCCCAUCGCCAUGUCUCCUCUGAGCAACAACAGCCUGUUCCUGGAGUACUCCAAGAACCCUCUCAAGGAGUUCCUCCAGAAAGGCCUGUGUGUGUCCCUGUCCACCGACGACCCCAUGCAGUUCCACUACACCAAGGAGGCCUUGAUGGAGGAGUAUGCCAUUGCAGCCCAGCUGUGGAAGCUGAGUACCUGUGACACGUGUGAGAUCGCCAGGAACAGUGUGCUGCAGAGUGGUCUGUCUCAUCAGGAAAAGAUGCACUUCCUGGGGCCCAACUACCUGCAGGACGGGCCGGAGGGAAAUGACAUCAGACGGACCAACGUGGCUCAGAUCCGCAUGGCCUACCGGCACGAGACUCUGUGCAAUGAGCUCAGCUUCCUGGUGGAGGCCGUAAAGUCAGAGGCCAGCGGAACCCAGGUAGAGUGACCACAGCAGAGAGACCCUUUUACACAUACCGAGCUGAGCCAGGCUUAACCAAGCUGAGUUGUACAGUGCUUGCCGUGUCAGUGGUUACACAUUCACUGCACAGUAGUUGCUAGAACCAUGCUGGAAAGGUCCAUGUGAAAAGAUAGUAUCUGAGACAGCACUGUAUGGUUUGGGUCAGGAGAUAAUGUGACCUUUAGUCUCUCUCUAUUUCAGCUCUAGGCCACAGCCAAGUACUGUACUGGGUCGUUCCAUGAAAUUAGUGCCUUUUGCAUCCCUUUGUUAUUUUAUGUAGAAAUUGUGCACCAAUAUUGAAUUUUAAAGCCUUUUAUAUUAAAUACUAACUUUUAAUAUAGACCACAUGGAGAAUUCAAUCAGAUUUUUUACUUGAACGAAGACUUGCUAAAGUGCGAAAACUCAGCAUUUUGACAUGUCCCAACAUGCACCUUCUGUGACUUCUUGGAAGAUUCAACCCAUUUAACCCUUCCUUAAAUGUCUCAGGUUUUCAACAUCAUGGUAAAGCCCUAGUUAAUUUGUAGCUUUGACAAAGUCAUUUCUAAAAAUGAUUAUUAAUUUAAUCUGAUUAGUGAUUUAUUUACAUCAGUCCCUCAUUUUAACGUCAACCAUGUUACGUGAACUGAAAUUCUGUUUUAAUAUAUUGAAACCAUUCCUUUAUAGUUUUUUCAAAAGAAACAUUGAAAAUCUAAUUGUCAAAUCAUAGUGUAAAAGCAGGUGAGCUGGUUCUACUCUUCUUGGCCAUUUGCUGGUGUUUAGUGGCAGAAAACUGAGAAGGUCGAGCAUUACAGGUCAACCCUGUUACCCAUAGAUAUACAGAUAGAAGCUUGCAUUCUGUUGUACACAAGCUUCUAUUCCCACUCUCACAUGGGGAUUUAUGGCUGAUUUAAGAUGAAAUCGUCAACCCUGCUACAGUCAACCCUGUUACAGUCAACCCUGCUACAGUCAACCCUGUUACAGUCAACCCUGCUACAGUCAACCCUGUUACAGUCAACCCUGUUACAGUCAACCCUGCUACAGUCAACCCUGUUACAGUCAACCCUGCUACUUUAUUUGUCACUUAAUAGGCUCUAGUAAAAAAAAGACCUUGAGAAAGACCUUGAGAAAGACCUUGAGAAAGACCUUGAGAAAGACCUUGAAAAAAAGACCUUGAGAAAGACCUUGAAAAAGACCUUGAGAAAGACCUUGAAAAAAAGACCUUGAGAAAGACCUUGAAAAAGACCUUGAGAAAGACCUUGAAAAAAAGACCUUGAGAAAGACCUUGAGAAAGACCUUGAGAAAAAGACCUUGAGAAAAAGACCUUGAGAAAAAGACCUUGAGAUGGAAAAUGUGUUUUUUAUUAACAUGAAUGUGUGCUCUUUAUGACAAAGUAAAAUUAGGAGAACAGACCUUUUUUUUUUAGCAAGUUACACUUCUCAAAACGCACCAAAAUGGUGAAAAGAUCCAACUGUUACUGGGCUAUGGUAAUACUGAGAGAAUAAGGCACCUUGCUAUAUGAAUAAGACCGUACUGUGUAAGCUACACCACAUCAAGCCAAGCUAACAGCACCAUACUAGGCAAAUCACAGUACCCAUGUCCUCUGUUGACUCAUUUGCAUGCAGGUUUUUUUAUCGUUGAGAAAGCAGAACUUACUCGCUACCUAAUUUUCUCAUGUUGUCCUAGAAAACCAGUUUUGUAGUUGAACAUGAGAGCCAGAGGGACACUGCCUGUACACUGCCAGUACACUGCCACUCCCAGGUCCUGUUAAAAAAAAAUACUACCAACUGUGCCAAUACAAGAGUUCUCACACCAGAAUGAAAGCCAAUCCGAGAGCAUAGCCAUUUUUGUUGUUGUUCUUGUCUUUCUAUUUGAAUUACAGUACAUAAUGGUAGAAGGGAUAUUAUUGUGUUCUAUCAGGUGAAGGGACUCACAUUUAAAGAAGUUACUAAGUUCGUAGCUGGGUAUGAGAGGAGUGGUGUUUUCUAUUAUACAACUUUGGUAAGAGGUUAACUACGGAGCACUUUCUAUAAUGUUGAAUUGCUUCUCUUAUGUGGGCAUCAUACCAUGGACAAAAAUCACUUGACAAAAGGUGAACUGUAAUCAUGUGGCGACUAUGACAAACUUUCAUCCUAGAAUUGGUUCAUUGUCUGAAUGCAGCAUAAAUGUCACUCAACUGUACGUGUAUGAUCGGGAAAUUUGUUUUUAUAUGACAAUAAAGAGCUACUUAGAA